AUGGCGGAAGUCAAGAAGCACUUAGAGGCAGUUGACAUGACCUGGGAGGGGAGCUUCAUGGGCGUCCUGGGAAAGAACGGCGUAGUGAAGGCAGUCCGUUUCUACCCGGGAGACGACAAAGCACGACAGAUCUGUGUGGUGAACGUUCACGAAGGCCCCGAGCUUUCCCUGCCAGGCGCAUCGCUGACUGUCGUCGAAGAUGACGAGAGCGACAAGGAAAGUGUCGACAAAGGCAGUGAUGAUGAGGAAGAGGAAGAAGAGGAAGAGCGAGUUCGGGUGCCGCUCCGCGUCAACAUGCGAGUCGAGGACACGAAGCGAAAGAAGAAAAAGAAGGUGUGUAUCGGAGUGAUCUUGGAGCUCGGUGAGAGCGAGACCAAUGUGAAAUACGAGGAUGGUCGCACCAAGCGGGUUGCCAAUACAAGACUGCGGCCCUUGGAACGUGUAACACGCGAUGCUACUGGCUACUCUGGCGACAGCAGCUUCAAUGACUUCCGCUUUACCAAGAACUGCCUCCCGACAGGGAUUGAGGUUGUUGGUGACGGCGCUGACUUGGAGAAAAAUCGAGCAGGUCAAAGCUACUUGCUGCUGAAGAAGAACACUUACUUGAGGGUGCCACUACGGGGCCUUCGUCAUGAGAAGCUGCGGCCUGGGGAGCCUAUCCCCCAUUACACGCUCUCCCUGGAGGUUCGCCUUGCAGAUAGCCACAGACGACUGGGAGAUUCUCCCUGGUCGCUCUUCCAGGCGAGCUUUCCAGAUCCGCACUCCACCGACGAGCUUUGUGUUGUCGCUGAAGACAAGCCGCACAAGCGCAAGUGGAAGGUGCUGACCAAAGAGAACGGUCUCGUAGUGAAUGCGGAAGCGGAUCCCAACUCCAAGGAGUUGUGCCGGCUUCCGGCCAAUGCCGUGGUUGUCGAGGAUGGCAUUCCGCCAAAGCGGCUUCCCACGGGCGAAAGGCGGCUUCGCAUCCGCUACAAGGCUGAUGCGGCAAAGCAAGCCGACGGGGACCUCCUUGCCAUCGACACCAUGGAACCCGAGGAGUUUGUCGUGGAGGUCGAAGCAGGAUACUUUGGCAACGACUUCGGAGCGGCCGCGACGGCCAUUCGAAUCUGUUCCAAGGGGGUCCUGAAGACCCUGAACUUCCGCCCUGGUGUUGAGGGAGGCCUCGCCGGGGUGGACGGGGAGGCCGGCGCGAACAUGGGCUGGACACCCCGCGAUCGACUGAUGCACAUUGUGCGCAUCACCAUCCGGAAGACAGGCUGGCACACUUUCCAGAUCAUCGAUGCUUCCGAUUCCGAAAAGACCUGGUCCAAAGAUUUCAAGGUUCUCGGCUGGUUUGACGACAAAGGCGUGUCCGGCAUCUCCCUGACGGAUCCCGACAACGAAGAGCUGGAGCUUGGCAAGGAGCGUGAGUAUCACAACAGCGGCACCCACAAGCUGCGCUUGCGAAGACUGGGAGAGGCUUCUGCCGACAUGGACGACAAGUUCGACCCGCGUGGCUGGGUGACCAUCCGCAAGACCGACAUGGAGCUAGUGGAGGAAGCGCACGGUCAGAAGCCGCCAAAGGGCCCACAGUGCUUCCUGAAAGCCGGCUUAUCCGAACGACCAACGACCAGCAACAGGUACUUGCGAUCUGAUCGCUGGCAUACAGUGACCAUCACCGCCGAUUGCCAGGAUCGAACGGUGCUCAUCUUCCUGGACGGUAUCCAAGCAACGGAGAAGGAGAUCAACAUCGGCCCGGGGCCGAUUCAUGGGGUUGUGGUUGGGAGUCUCGGACCUUCACAGCUCGAGUUCGGGAUACCCGACAGGCUGUCUGUGGAGUCCAGUGCUGAUCGUACAGCAGUCUGUCUGCAUGUCCAGAGAAGCAUGGUCUUGUCGCAUCAGUUUUAUCCAUUGCUAUUUGUUGUGAUCACGUUCACGGGGUGGUUGAUUGGGAAUACAGGGUUCAGUUAUGAUAUGCGGCUGCGUCAAAGGGGUUAUGUGAAGGCAUCUCUGCAAGGGCAAGUAAUGUAUCGUGGAGAUAAUUGCGUGGAAACCCUUGAACAGCACUUUGCGUCACCACAGGAACUCUGGCGCCGCACAGAACGAAACUUCCUGAAACUUGGCAGGUUUUGA